AUGCGAAUAAAUCUUCGCCUGUACCCGGUGAAAAACAGUGACUUUCAACGUUCUGUGGAGGCGGCUAUCGCUGAUCAACCGCCACCGGGAGUUCAUCCCGCAGACCUUCAUUUCGUAUCUGGUGGCCUGAAGUCACCACAGGGGGUCUCCAUCGCAGUUGCUACCGACACCACCACGACAACUUCGACAUCCGCCGUCUCGACUAGACCCGCCACUUUCGGUUCGGCCGUUGUCGGUACCACCGUCCCAGAGUCAGUAGCUCUGAAAACGACCGAUCAGACUAUCGCUGAUGCCGGUGGUGUACCAGUUUUGGGAACGGAAAAUGUAAGUUUCGCGUUAAGAAGGCCAUUGCCAUUGGCCGGCAGCACCGAUUUGUGCAUGAAGCAAUGUGUAGUCCGUUUUUUUGGUGAAAUCACAUGUAUCCAGCGUAAUUAG